AUGAUAGCAAAAUGCGAUGAUUUGAAAGGAGCAGUAAAACAAACAAUUAUGCCGAUGAUAAAACAAACAGGCGCUGGUAGCCCGAUUUGUUUGAGAAAGGAUGCGACUUAUUGUAAGUAUAAUGCUGAUGCAACCACUUCUUUAUUAACGGCACAACAUAUUCAGUCACUUUCUCAAAGAGGUGGCAUUUCAAGUGGUAUUGGUUUAAGGGUAACACUUCCAUCAUUAUUAUAG